UCGGCGUUAUCCGCAUGUGCAACAUCCGUUGACAAAUCCCAGUGAUCGUUUUCGAUUGAAUCCAAAACAAACAGAAUCUCCUCUGUUCAUGUGAACAUUUGUAAAAUAAUUGUGACUCUCAUUGAAAUUCGUGAAAAAUGGGGCUUGGAGGCUGUUACGCCAUCUUAAAAUACCUCUUGGUGUUGCUGAAUUUGAUAUUUGCGUUGUUGGGGAUCGCCGGCACGGUCUUCUCAAUAUGGAUGCUCGUGGACCCUUCAUUCUCCCUAUCGCUCACUCAAGAUUACAUCAUUUCGGUCGUAAUAAUCCUCAUCGCUUCAGUUCUCCUCCUCGUCGUGGCCAUGUUUGGCAUAAUUGGCGCCCUGAAAGAGAGCCAGUGUGCCCUAACGACCUUUUUCUGUCUCCUGCUAAUCAUUUUCGUAGCUGAAGUUUCAGCCGGAGUUUGGGUCCACAUCAACCGAGACAGCCUCAAACUUCAAAUUAAAAACGCUGUUGAACUCACUGUGGAACAGGAAUACUACACCAGUGACAAUCGCAAGGCUAUUUUUGAUACUUUUCAGCAAAAAUUACAAUGUUGCGGUGCCAAGGCGGCUAGUGACUGGAUCGGAAAUAAGAAAGUCGUACUUACGGUAACGUCAGGUCAGGAGAAUUAUAGCAUUCCCAUGAGUUGCUGUCGCGAAGGAACCACAAUGGAGGAUUGCAAAAAAGCGACGUUAAAUAUUAAACCGACAAGCUCAAUUGAUUAUACAGCUAUCUACGAUAAAGGCUGCUAUUACGCCAUUAUGGCCAAGUUGGAAGAACUAUCUUGGGUUUUGAUCGUCGGGAUCGUCCUAGCGGUGAUACAGAUUUUGGGCUUGAUUUUUGCUCUAGUUCUUGCAUUUGCCGUUAACCGAUCUAACAGAUACAAAGCCUAAGAUUGAAACGUGUUGGAUAUUUCAAAUACGUACAAAUGAAAAUCAUUUCGAUAUUUUCUUCUACAAAUUUAUUUUCGGAUCAAGAGUUUAUAUUAAAAUGCAGAAGAAUCGCACAUAUUUUUGAUUGUGUACAAAUUGUAUAUCCUUAAACUUCAAGUGUUGUAACAUGUGUGCCAUAUAUUGUGACCGCCGUUUUUGUACAAAACGGUCGAUUGAAGCUCAUUUUAAUUCGAGUAACAGGAACAUUGUCCAAAUUUUACAAUGGUUGUUUUGUGGGAAAACGCGCGGAUUUGUAACUUAGCUUUACCUCUAGAUAUAGUUUGGUGGACAACCUUUCGAAGCACUGUACCUAAAAUAUAUUUUCUUAAAAGGAAAUUUAUUCGACAUGCACUCAGCAUUUAUUCAUGACAUUUAACUUUAGACUGAUAUUUAUUUUCAUUUUUCGAAUGUCCAAUAAUCUCUUAUUUACUGCCUCUAAAAUUUAGUUGACGAUUUAGACGAGAGCAUUCCAUUUUGAUGAAUGCUGUUUAUCUUAGAAAUCCUAGCAUGCCAGUGUUGAAUACAUAGCAUAGAUAGUGUAGAGUUGCCAAAAUGUUUUAAGUUCUGAUGUGAAUAAUCAGUAUUGUAGUGUAAUUUUUUUAUUACAAACAGUUGUGUGCCAAAAGUAAACUUUCUUUUUCAAAUUUGUCAUUACAGAGUUGCGAAUUUGGUUAUAUAUUUUAUCAAAUAUUUAAGAAAAAUGAUUUGUUACCAUACCAUUUCGAAAGCCAUAGUCAGUGGUCGUGAUAGAAGUGAAAAAACGAGCCAAGGAAUUGUCAGUACUAAUGUUAAUUAGAUUUUAUUCAAGUUAAUGCUAUUUAAAUGGUAUAUUGUAUAAGCCUCGUGCGUGAUUCAUUUCAGAUUUCAAGGCAUUUGUUUAGUUUCAGCAUUGUAAAUUCAUAUAAUUAAUGGAAUAAUAAGAUGUGUUUUAGCUUAUUUUGUUAAUAAAGAAAUACAACCAAA